AUGUCACCAAUAAGCACAAACGAUCUCCAAAAGCUCUUCAAGAGGUUGGACAAGGACAACAGUGGCCGAAUCACCAUCUCCGAGCUGCACACCCUUCUCCACCGAAUCGGAAUCGAGACGACGCCGGAAGAGCUCCAGAUGCUCGUGGGCAGAAACGAUCUCGACUACGCGGAUUUCUUGUCCUUCUACGAAGCGAUCGCCAAGGACAACGACGAGGACCUGUGGAAGGCCUUCAAGGUUUUCGACGUCGAUGGCGAUGGCUUCAUAUCUUGUGAGGAGCUGAAGAUGGCGCUGACGAAGAUGGGUUUCAUGGAGAAGAAGAGUUGGGAGGAUUUUAGGGACAUGAUCCAUGUGUACGACAAGAAUUCUGAUGGACUUAUUGAUUUCGACGAGUUUAAGGAUAUGAUGUCAUCUGGUGGUGUUUGA